GAAUCAGGCCUCUAACACGCAUAUGUUCAGUUAAUAUAGUCAAUCGACUUCAAUUCCACCAAACUGAGGGCGUGUUGCUUUCUCGCUAAGAACAAAAGGCGAACUCUACAACGUUUGCACUGAAUUACCUGUCCAUGUACCUGAUGAUCUAUUUCCCCACACACGUUUCGAACAUUGAUUGAACUUGUUGUUGCAUGUUCUGUAUGCAUGGUUUUCUUCCUCUUAGCAAAACCAAAAAUCAAGGAUGUGUUCGUUUGUUUCCGAAGGAUAAUGUGUAAAGAAAGAUUGCACUUAUCUCAACCCAGCUUCAGUUCUUCUAUAAUUGUUCGUAUUUUGUGUAGAUGCUCGUCAGUUUCAAGCUAGAUCUUGAUCGUGCCGCAGGUCAACUAUUUUUUUUAUCCCCGUUAAACCUAAAACACCAAAAUGUACGUCAAGUGGUCACCAAUAGAUUCGGUUACGGCCAGUGCUAAAUCGUUUGAGUUGUCAAUCCUUAAGAAAUAUUCAAAUUUCAUGCUUAACGAUGCUGAACAAUGUGAAAACAGUGACUGUAAUUGUGUCAAGAAGAUCAGCGUGAUAUUUGUUUUGUAUCGGUUUAUGGUGAUUGUGAGCUAUUUGCUCUUUCUUGGUGGCCUGUGGCAGUUAGAAGUGAUUCUUAAGAAAACAAUACGAAACCGUUGUGGAAAUUGCCAAAAGCAAAGAAUUAAAUCUACUAAAAAACUUUGCAAACAUUGCUCGAUAUCUGAAGGAAAUAGUAACGUUUCAUCACUAGAUAGCAAUGAUAUUUCGGAGGACGAACAACACACUAGUGUAUUGAACUCGUUUAACGACUGUGUCAAUGAAAAUGUACACAUUGUAAACUACCGAGAGGAAGAAACGGAAGCUGAUGGAUUUCUUGAUGACGAAUACAUCGACAUUCUGGCGAAUUCGCAGUUUGCAGAAGACGACCACAAAGAUUUGGAAUUUUUACUUCAACCGUUAGAAAUAAACUGGGAUUCUCCCGUGCCAAUUGAACUGACACCUUCUUUGGACGAUUCGUUUCGAGAUGAUUCCAGUGAAAUAUAUUUCGACGAGGAUUAUGUUUCUAUACUGGGUGUCGAUGCUCAAAAUAGUUUUGAAGCACUCAAACAUAAUGAGCAACUAGAGGAGGCAUAUCAACCGUUUUCUUCAGAGCCGGUCCUAGCAAUGCUAGACGUGCCGACGAGCAAUUCACCGAUUUUCGACGAUGAAGUUGUAGCUGCCAUUAUUGGAAAUAUCAGCCAAGAGGUGCUCCUUCCUUCUGGUUUCGAAAAUGAAACCGAAUGGUUAUAUGCGUGAUCAUAGGUUAGUAGAGUACUUAUUUGAAUAUAAAGAUAAACUAGUUAAUAGAUUAGUUUGAUUAUGACAAUGUAAUUCCCAGUCCUGAAACAGGUAAUAAAAAUUUUUGU